CAUGUUCAUUAGUUUCUCAAAAGGCCCUUUCUCUGAAAAGAAGGGGAAAAAUGAGGAUUCUCUUAUCUUCGUUUUCCAAGAUUUUCAUCACCAUCACCAUCACUUUUCUGAUGCUCUUUCAUAGCACAAUUGGUUGUAAUAAACUCAUCCAAAACUCUUGCAAGAAAGCCUCAGAUGGUGAUCCAAAUUUGAGCUACAAUUUCUGCGUUGCAAGCCUUGAGGAGGCCAACUCUAAAUCCCACGGCCAAAGUCCAGAUCACCUUGAACAACUAGUCCUCAUUUCACUUAACCUUACCAUAUCCAACGCGACGAACAUCAACGCCACCAUUUUGAAGCUCUUGAAGGACAAACGGUUCGACAAGUACGCAAAGGAUUGCUUGAAAGGCUGCUCAGAACUCUACUCGGACGCCAUCCCUACGCUGAAAGAAGCUCUUUGCGCCUUUCGGUCCAAGGACUUUCCCAAAGCAAAUGUGGAAGUCAGCUCUGCGAUGGAUGCUUCUAGUACUUGUGAAGACGGUUUCAAGGAUAAGAAAGGUGAAGUGUCUCCAUUGAGAAAGGAGAAUGAUGUCUUCUUUCAGUUGAACGUCAUUUCUCUUGCAUUUAUCAAUACAUUAUCUAGUUGAUAGAGAAAGGCAAAAUAUAUAUAUCGAUGUUAAUUUAUAGGUUUAUGAUAUAUAAGCAGUAUUUUGUAUAAUAUAUUUCCACAAUAAACAAGCCAAUAAGCUCGGCAGUAGCCACUAAUUUCUUUUUGUA